AUGGCCUACCCCCAAGGCAAUGGGCAAGCGGAGGUUACCAAUCGAAAGAUCCUUAGGGUCUUGCACGCUCGGCUUGACCACAUGGGAGGCAGCUGGGUCGACAAGCUCCCCAGUGUGUUAUGGUAUCUUCGCACGACCCUGAAAGAGGGGACCGACAUAACUCCAUUUCAGUUGGUAUACGGCGGAGAAGCAGUUGUCCCCGUAGAGGUCACGGUAGAGUCCGAUCGGGUGCAGCACUACGAUGAUGGGAACAUCGAGCAGAGAAUGAUGGAGCUUGACUUGGUGGAUGAAACAAGGGCAAAAGCCAUCGUUUGA